AUGGACGCGUUUAUUCAGGAGGUGAAAACGACCAAGAAGGUCCAGAACAACAUUCACAAGUUCGAAUCGCUGUCUUUGAAUGAGAACAAAAAUCGAAGCAGGUCGAAUAGCAAUUCCAAACCUAGAAAGCCAGUAGUCGAGAUCGACACCAACAACGAACCUUUGCCACUGCUUACUGCAGUCAGCACGAAGUCUACCAAGAAGAAUGACGACAGUGCUGUAAAAACGCGGGAACCCCGUCAGGAUCGACUCAAGACAACAGCAAGGCAGCAUGAGAGGAAGGACUCUGCUAUCUUUAUCCAGAAGGAUUACUUGAAACAAGCAGCACCACCAUCGCUGGCCGACGACGCGCGAGAGAUUCUGAAGUCGCAACCUGGUAUCGAAGACAUUGAGGCAGUUUUAGCAUACAUACAAUACGGUAUCGAAGGGCAGCAUGAGUUCAACAUCAAGGUCACUGGUCCUAAGUCGAGCUUAUUGGUGCGAGCAUUGGUCACGACCACGCUACCUGAUCUGUGGCCGAAUCUGGCUUCCUCGAAGAUAGGUGGCUCUACCAAGCAGAUGCGAAAAACACUACUAGAGGCACUCUUCAGUGUUACUGGUCUAGAAGCCUUGCUUGAGCAGAUUCGCAUGCUUACCAGGCCUGAAGCUCGUCCUAGUCCAGACAAUCUCAAUGUGUAUGUCGACUUCCUUGGUCAUUUACUGCACAAGUCGGACACCGUGAGCAGACUGCUCAAUGAUAGCACACACCUGUAUGAGAAAGACGUUCAUCGUCGAUUGUUCUGGCAAAGCAUUGUCUCUCUACUGGCUGGUAGCAAAGUCUUGUCGACCACAGCAGCAAUUCCGAAUAUCAUUGCACAGACUGGCAGCGACCUCAAGGUGCCUGAAUGGCUCCUGCAAGGACAAGGGUAUUCAGCAUGGCUUGCAAGCAACAUUAUCAAGACCGCGAUCGAGCUAUCACCUCAAGAUGCUUCGUCAUGGUCCGUCCUCGUCCAAUUGUUCAAGCGGGGGCUUAGCCUGGGCUACAAAGCACUUUGGUCGCCACUGCACCAACUGAUCAGGAAUCUGCCGACGCAUGACCAGAAGGUAGUAUUCAACUGUAUUUUGAACGACCUUGUACGAACUCAUGCCAUGAAGUCACAACAUCUAGCUUCUAACACAGUCGAUGUGCCUACCAUGAGAACUAUUGCAGGUGUUGCUGGCCUGGUAUAUGGGUUGACGAGUCACAACGAAUACUUGUUGGAAUGUGCCAUAGAUUGGGUAUCGUCUGCAGGCGGUGCUCCAAGCAGGAGUUCCAGCAUGAGACGUGCACUGAUUGUCGUCCUCGCUCAGUCGCAAGGCAAACUAGAAGUAAUCCUGGAGAGAACACUGACCACGUUCUCCGACAAGCUGCAGAUCCAGCACGCAGCCACGACUCAACAAGAGCAUCUGGCCCAAACAAUUCUUCUGGUUAUUGGCUACCUCAACCGACAGAAUCGCAUAACUCUCAAGCAGGACCCUAUACCUACCUUGGUGAUGCGCUCUGUCUCGAACCGACUAGCCUCAUCUGUGCCUCAAACUCGGCUACUCGGUAUGAUUGUGGGAGUUGGUAUGUCUCGAUGUGUUGAUGAGCCCGACAAGGUAAUGGAUUUCCAUGUUGAAGAGAUGGAAACAGCAGAAGUAAAGGAGAUGCUAGGCUUGGUUGACGUAGAGGACCAAAUAGGGGAACUCGAAGGUCUGAAGCAUCUUCCACAUUCCCUAACCACUGACAACCGAGCACUCCAGAAGCGGAAGUCUACAUCACUCAAGCCAUCAAACACGAAGAAAUUGCAGGCCACUUCCAAGAUCAUGACUAUCGAGGAGGUCUCGAGUUCUUCGGACGACGAGGAUGACCUUGUACCAUAUCAGAAACCGCUCGACGACCCAGAAGACUCUGAUGAAGACCCAACGCUCGUCAACAGAGACAAACCUCGGCCGCCCAUAUACAUUGUGGACCUGAUCAAGCAACUACAGUCACCCAGUGACAAGCUGGACAUAAUAUCAUUAGCACUAGAAACAGCAGCAAGCUUGAUCAGGCGCAAAGCUGGUUUCGGAACAGAGUUGUUCGACAACAUAUACAAUCUUGCAUCGGCGCUGAUCAACUUGCAAGAUGGCAUGUCGAAGCAUGAACACCAGCAACAACGACUUGAUGCACUUGUUGCAUGCAUGGUCGCUCAGCCAGUGGAAAUGGGCAAGUACUUGACAAGCACGUACUUUGAGGGCGAAUUCUCGCUCUCACAACGCAGCACUCUACUCGUUGCCAUCGGGCUCGGUGCCAGGGAGGUGGCAGGUUUCAGAGAUGCCAAAGCUGCACAGGCACAAGCUGAAGAGACCGACAACUUUCCUUCACGUCGAUUGCCACCACAUCUGCAACUUAAUGCGAUACCUGGAGGACAAGAAACCAAGCCACAGAAACUAGUAGGAACAUCCAAUCCAAUUGCCAUGCUCACAAAUACAGCUACACAAGACACCAUACACCCCAUGGCCGUCGCAGCAGCAGAAUCACAAUCAGGUCCUGAAAUUCUCAAAGUCACACGCACAUCAUCCCGUCUCACCCUGAAUCGAGACAAAACCUCCCAGCAACGCAAGAAGAACACCCCUUCCAACAUCCACACCAUCCUCGCGAACAACAUCUACAUCCGUCUCGCAUCUCCACUCGCCGCCAUCCUCUCCUACACCUCGACAUCAACAGGCAGCUCGAUCAGCACCCUCAUGCUCCAUUCAAGUACACUAACGCUACACCUGCAAACACUCACACUCCUUCUCCAUACUCUCGGCCCCACAGGCCUCAGCACACCCUCGAUAUACGCAUCCAUCAUCCACGAAACCCUCACACUUCUUACAGCCCUGCACCAGCACCGCGUCGCACUAGAUGGAAUCGUGCUACCCGCAAUGCUUGGCUUGUUCCUCGCGCUGAUCGACAUCACGGCUGAGAUCGGUGUUACGGCGCAGGAAAGGUUACUGGCUGAUCCUUUUGGGCUGGUGGUGUCGGAGCUGGUGAAGUGGGUGAGUGGGUUGGACGGAAGUGGGCGUGCGCCGCCACCGAUGAAGGACGGAGAUGGGAGAGGGGGUGAGGGGGUUGCGUGGGUUGUGCUUGCGGCAGGGAUACAGGUGAGGUGGUAUGAGAUGGGAAGGAAAUUUCAGGGGCGGAUAUUGGGGUUGACGAUGGAUGAUUGA